AUGGCUCUCUUCGGCACCUCCCCAGAAGACUCUCCCGGUGCCGGGAAGAAAUCGUCCCUGUUCGCCGAUGGGACGUUUGGCAGUAAAUCGUCUGCGCUCUUCGCCGAUGACGCCGACUCCGACGCUGGCGACUCCUCGCCAUGGAACAUGCCUGCCCCCAAGAAAGCCGCACGACGUGACGUGGUGAAGUCGCUCCUCCCAUCUACAGACGUGCCCGAAAGUUACGUCGACGCAUACGAUCUGGUAUUAGGGGUGGAUGAGAAUCGAGGGAGCUCUGGUGUGGGGAUAGCGACAGUGAGGGCUAUGCUUGGUAGUACACAUUUGAACCAGGAGCAACAUUCGAAGAUCAUAAACAUCAUUACCGCGGGGGAAGAGGCUACGCGCGAGAUUGGAAGAAGCCAAUUCAACGUGCUGCUAGCCCUGGUUGGACUGGCUCAAGAGGGCGAAGACAUGACCCUCGACGCUGUUGACGAAAGACGAAAAAGGCUUCCCCGACCGAGUAUCCCGUAUCUUGAGAAAUUAGAUGCUCGCCAGAGUACCAAAGCUGGCGCUGCCAGGCCGGACAGCCAACCCGUGCCGCCACAAUCAAAUACCAUGCGCAGGAUGCGCCAAAACUCAUAUGAAGACCCAGAGUUGGAUCCUUGGAGUAGUCCUGUAUCACAGCGAGAGCGGCAUACAUAUGACAAUCGGCAAAGAACGAAUAAUAUCAAUGGUCUUUCAUCAUCGAUGGAGCCUCCACCCAACGACGCCCAAAAUAAACCGGCCCCUGUGUUCCAAGGUCAGGUGAGACAAACUACGGAUAGUAAGAAUCCCGCACAAUCUGCCGGCGCUUCAGAAGGGAGCACUACUGGGCUCGGCUGGGGAGAGGGAUUCAGCAACCCUCCCAGCGCUGGGUUUGGUAGCCAAGGAGAUCCUGUGCUGGGCGGCAAUUUUGGCCAAUCUGGAGAUAAUCAAGGAAACUAUAAUGGGAAUAGCCUAGGAAGACCAAUACGUGGGCGUGGAAUAGCUGGUAAUGGUGCCGAAGACGUAAUUACGAUUAAUAUGCUGCCGGAAAAAGAAGGCUUGUUCAUGUUUCAACACAGGAACUAUGAAGUGAAAUCGGCGCGAAGAGCGAGCUCGGUUAUCAGGCGAUAUAGUGACUUUGUGUGGCUGGUGGAUUGUUUACAUAAGAGAUAUCCCUUUCGACAGAUCCCUCUACUUCCUCCAAAAAGGAUAUCAGUCAAUGGUACUCAUCUUACAGCGGAUUCAAAUUCUUUCCUGGAAAAACGACGACGGGGACUCGUUCGCUUUGCGAAUGCCGUCAUUCGACAUCCUGUUUUGAGCCAGGAGCAGCUAGUUGUGAUGUUUCUUACUGUUCCAACCGAACUGGCCAUUUGGCGAAAGCAAGCAACCAUCUCUGUUCAAGAGGAAUUCAUCGGCAAACCCCUCCCGCCUGACCUGGAGGACUCCCUUCCAUCUACACUAAACGACCUGUUCGAAACAGUUCGAUCAGGUGUGCGUAGAUCUUCCGAGAUUUACAUCAAUUUAUGUAACCUUCUCGAUCGCCUUGCAAAACGAAACCAGGGAAUUGCGGCAGAGCAAUUUCGAUUUUCCCGUGCUUUACAUGCACUGACCGAUAGCACGUCCGAUACAUAUGCCGUCGAUACCAAUGACGUUCCGUUAUUGAACGAUGGCAUCAAUGCGACGGCAAAACACCUUAUCGCUAGCCAGGGGUUACUGGAAGACGAAGCUCGAGCGUGGGAUGAGGGUGUCUUGGAAGAUCUCAAACGUCAACGGGAUUGCCUUGUUGCAAUGCGAGACAUGUUUGAUCGAAAAGAUCGAUACGCGAAGGACAACAUUCCCCAAUUGGAAAAACGUAUUCAAACGAAUGAAAUGAAGCUACAAGAACUACGAACGAAGCCUGAGGGUACAGUGAAGCCCGGAGAAACAGAAAAAGUAGAAGAUGCUAUUUUCAAGGACAAAGAAUCGAUCGUCCAACAGCACGCUCGAGGCGUCCUAAUCACGGAAUGCGUACGUGAUGAAUUGCUCAUUUUCCAGAAGAGCCAGUAUCAUAUCAGCCGUCUUCAUCAGGACUGGAGCCAAGAACGAGUAAAAUACGCGGAACUUCAGGCUGACAAUUGGCGCAGUCUGUGUGAUCAAGUGGAGGCAAUGCCUAUCAGUGAUUAG